GGAAGUCAGAAGGUCGCAAAGCUUGCAAGGUACCUGACACAACCUGAAACUGCUUGGCCCCCUUUAAAAAGAAAUAAUAAAAUGGGAGAGAAUGAAGCAAGUUCACCUAACACAUCUUUGCAAGGUAAAAAGAUGGCCUAUCAGAAAGUCAAUGCAGAUCAAAGAGCGCCAGGACAUUCACAGUACUUGGACAAUGAUGACCUACAAGCCACUGCCCUUGACUUAGAGUGGGACAUGGAAAAGGAACUGGAGGAGCCUGGUUUUGACCAGUUCCAGCUAGAUAGUGCUGAGAUUCAGAACCUAGAGAAUCCAGAGACUACAGAUCUCAAUCUUGAUUCCAUUCAACCAGCAACUUCACCCAAAGGAAGGUUUCAGAGACUUCAAGAAGAGUCUGACUAUGUUACCCGCUACACAAGGUCUGCACCAAAGAGCAACCCCUGCAACUUUUGCCGCCUUUUAAAAAUACUUUGCACAGCCAUCGUUUUAUUUAUUUCGGGGAUUUUGAUAGGCUACUAUGCACAUAAGAAGUGCCCUUCAAAUGCUACGUCUUCAGCAACGCUUGAUCUUCAGUUAUACCAAGAGAUUCUUGAGACGAUCCAAGCAGAAGAUAUUAAGAAGUCUUUCAGAAAUUUGGUACAACUGUAUAAAAGUGAAGAUGACACAGAGAUUUCAAAGAAGAUCAAGACUCAUUGGACCGCUUUGGGCCUAGAAGACGUACAGUUUGUGAAUUACUCUGUGCUGCUCAACCUGCCGGGCCCGGUGGCCAGCUCUGUGACUCUGAGCAGCAGCGGCCAAUGCCUCCAUCCUAGCGGCCGGCCCUGCAGCGAGGAAGCCAGGACGCGUAGCGGCCAAGACCUGCUCUACUCAUACGCAGCCUAUUCUGCCAAAGGAACUCUCGAGGCUGGAGUCAUUGAUGUGAGCUACGGCAAUGCAGAUGAUUUAAAAAGGAUUCAAAAAAUGAAAAAUACAACAAAUCAGAUUGCACUCCUGAAAUUAGGAAAAUGGCCACUACUUUAUAAGCUUUCCUUAUUGGAAAAGGCUGGAUUUGGUGGUGUUCUUCUAUAUGUUGAUCCUUGUGAUUUACCAAAGACUGCAAAUCUUAGCUAUGAAGCUUUCAUGGUGUCACUGAACCCAGGAGGAGACCCUUCUACGCCUGGUUAUCCCAGUGUGGAUGGAAGCUUUAGGCAAAACCGAGCAAACCUCACGUCUCUGCUAGUGCAGCCCGUCUCGGCAUCUCUCGUUGCAAAACUGAUCUCUUCACCAAACAGCAGAACCAAAACUGGUGUCUGUAGCCCUCUAGAGCUUCCAAAUAAUGACGAAAGAAUUGUCAACAUGCAAGUUCAGACAGUUACGAAAUUCAAAACAAUUACUAAUGUUAUUGGAUAUUUAAAGGGCUUGACAUCUCCAGACCGCUACAUCCUAGUUGGCAGCCAGCAUCCCGCGGCGCCCAGUUCUUACGGACAAGAAUGGGCUAGCAGCACUGCCGUAAUCACAGCUUUCAUCCGGGCCUUGAUGUUAAGAGUCAAGAAAGGGUGGAGGCCAGACCGCACAAUCGUUUUCUGUUCAUGGGGAGGAACAGCUUUUGGCAAUAUUGGCUCAUAUGAAUGGGGAGAGGAUUUCAAGAAGGUUCUGCAGAGAAAUGCUGUGGCUUACGUUAGUCUCCAUAGUCCCAUAAGGGGUAACUCAAGUCUGCAUUCCAUGGCUUCACCAUCUCUUCGGCAACUGGCAAUAGAGAAAAGCCAUUUCAACUGUUCCAGAAAAGCUAAGUGCCAAGAAAGCAACGUCAGUUCUGUGCAGAUACCUGGUGAUGCUGAUUAUUUCAUCAACCAUCUUGGAGUUCCCACCGUGGAGUUCACCUACGAGGACGUCAAAACGUUAGAGGGUCCGAGUUUUCUUUCUGAGGCCCUUUUUCCUAAACGCACAGCAAAAAUUGAAGAAAUGGAUCCAUUUUUCAACCUUCAUGAAACCAUUACGAAGCUCACGGGAGAAGUGAUUUUGCAAAUUGCCAAUGAACCAGUUCUGCCCUUUAAUGCACUCGAUGUAGCUUUAGAAGUUCAAAACAGUCUUAAAGGUGAUCAACCCAACACUCAACUGCUAGCCCUGGCCUCUCGCCUACGGGAAAGUACUGAACUCUUCCAGUCAGAUGAGAUGCGUCCUGCUAAUGAUCCCAAGGAGAGAAUUCCCAUCCGUGUCCGAAUGCUGAAUGACAUUCUUCAAGACAUGGAGAAAAACUUCCUGGUACAGCAAGUGCCACCAGGUUUUUAUAGAAAUAUCCUGUACCACCCUGAUGAGAAGACAAGCCAGUUUGCAAUACUCCUGGGGGCGCGGGAGCACUGCAAGUUACUCGCAUCAAAUGAGACCCUUCAAGAAGCCCUGUCAGAGGUGUUGAACAGCAUUAAUUCAGCUCAGGUUUACUUCAAAGCAGGACUUGAUGUGUUCGAGAGUGUCUUGGUUGGAAAGAACUGAGAAAACUCUCAGCAUUUUAAAAAGUUUGUUUACAAUUCCUCAAGCAAAAGCUCUAAUCUAACCGGAUUUUCUGACAUUGAAGACUUUCCCCCCCAAUGACUUUUUAUACAAGUCUAAAGCUAUUAUUACAUCGUAUUUUCAAAUGUACAUAUAAAAGAGCAUUUUGCACAUUUAAUAUUUUCUUAUAUCUACAUCUCUGGAAUAUGUAAAAGUGAGUUAUUGAAAUAAUACUCAAGAUUUAUCUAUUAAAAAGAAAUCUGCUGUAUUUUUAUAUAUAUAAAAUAUUUUGGGGGGAAAAGUUCCAAGAAGUGCUGGACAAUCUUCACUCCUAGGGAUAGAACAUAUAGGAAUGGAAGUUAUUCCUUAUGUUACAGCUACUAAUGACCUAGUUUCUGUAACAGAAAUGGAGAGUUGAUAUGGUUUCAGAUUAACUUCACUAGUAAGUAUUCAAUAUGAAGAAUUCAAGUAUUCCGACCGAGUGAUCGGUCGACCAAAACCACUUUGAAUGUUUCUAUUUUAUGAAAUGAAGUGCCUGUUCGUAAUACAACUAGAUGUAGUAAUACACUGGUUAUGAAAUUGUAUUUUUUAAGUAUUAAUGAAAAAAAAAAAAAGAGCCAUAAACAUUCCAGGGGAAAAUCUCAAAGUAGCUGCACAGAGCAAUUUAAAUGCAAAUUUUUUCCUAACAACUUAUAAGGUGACUAGCUUUGAAACCCCUAAUUUGCCUCAGUUGAUUUUGUAAAAAUUUCAGGAGUGAUAUAUGUCUUACGAGGGAGAAAAUAUUUCUGAUUUCUUCUUCUGUUGGUUCUGUUGGAAGCACUGAAACCCAGCUACUCUAAAAUGAGAGCAUUUUGCAUCGCUCUUCCUUCUUAUGUCUUUUCCGAAACUCCUUUCUGUAGGGCGGUUUUAACAGAAUACCAUGUAAUUUCCACAGGAAAGUAGCAAAGUUUCUCUUUGAAAACCCAAACUAUCUUAGAAAGCAUCAAAUCGCUAUUUCUGCCUCUGACAAAAGGACUUACAACGAAAGAAAGAGUUGUUUGAUCAAUGAAAAACUUCUUAAUUCUGUGAAGAAACUUUUGAUAUAUUUUUUUUUUCCUUCUUUAGCCUUCAUUGUGACUGGGAUGAAAGGGCAGCAAAUAUUCAUGCUUCUAAUUUUAUGCGGAAAAUGCAGUGUUCCUGUAAGAGUGUGUCUUUCCCACAAUUCAGCUAUUCUCUCAUGUGGAAAAUGAAGUCCUUCAUAUUGACGUUGUCAUGAAACGGCCCCAGAAUCCACUACAUUUCCCCCCAAAGCCUAAAAUUCUAGUAGGUGACAGUUUAAACUUUGAGCUUAUCCUUAGAAAAUGUUCUUCUGGCAUUGAAUAAACCAACUCCCCUUAGGAAACGCAUCCUCGGUAUAUUUUAUGUCAUUGUCUCUACCUAACACAACCCUCAAACACACUUCUCUUUUUAGACACACCUCCCGAGCAGCGUGUCAGGGCCUCCCGUGUUUAUGGAUGAGCUUGAACCCACUCAGCUGUUCCUACCACAAGUAAAUGUUGAUAUGCUCAAGGCAAAGAGGACAAAUGGUGCCAUUAGCUGGGUAAUAGAAGCAGAAAUCCACUUUCAUGUGAAACGCCUGUGUGCGCGUGUUUGAGCGACACGUGAGACUACCUUACAACAUUUUUUUAGAACCGAUGUACUUGUUUGAGAGUAUUUCCCGUGUUGAAGGAUGCCUACAGGGAGCGCCCCAGCGGAGCAGCCUCGCGGUGCCUUACCAGCAGUGCUCUCUUUUGCUGGACAAAAAUCAAUAGCAGAACAGAGGUGGGAAGACAUAUACAAACGUGUUUGGGGCCAAAUAAGGGAAUGCUUCUGCCAAAGAAUCUUCCAUAUUUAAUCAAGCUUCGGUGUGUUCCUUCCAGUUCUUUGUUUAGAGCCGAAGUUAAAGCAAACAACAUUUUGGAGUUGAAGCUCAAUUUAAAACAAGCAAAACCAAAUAAUUAUCAGUUUGGUAGUUCAUCAUCUUCAAACGAAAUCCUAAGUAAGCCCAUUCCCUUACUUAGUCUGUAAGACUGUCGAGAGCACAAAAUAUAUGUUUGUUCAUUUUUGCUUAAACAUGGCCUAAACCUCAUGGCAUAGAUAAAAAUCUCAAAUUAUUGAUGCUCCCUUCUAGAUUAUAUUGGUAUUUGCUAUGUGGAAAAAAAAAAAAAACAACUAAAGGUAACUAUAUACUAAUAUGUUUUUAUUAGUCUAUUUAAGAAAUUAUGUAAAGAAAACAAAUUGUAAUUAAAACAGAUGUCCACUAAUUCUAUAGAUGCUGUUUCAGAUCUUUGACUGCGGUAAACCUCUUGCCUAGAACAUCGCUGCUAUGGUGUUCCUCCAGAUUUACAACAUUUCAAUUUUCCCCCCUAACAAAUCCAAGCAAAUAAAAUCCUAUGCAAGUUAAGAACAAGUGUUUUUGGUGAAUUGAUGGUAGGUUGAGAUUAUUGUCGAGAUCUCUGGGUGCCUGGUACUUCUCACACUCCUUCGUACAUGGAACUGCGCCAGGGCGUAAUGAAUCACAAAUGGUUAUUCUCCCAAGAAAAUGUGGCAGAUGUUCACCACUUAAAUUUGGGCUCAGGAAGGGUAUACGUGAGCCGUUGCCCUCUGUGGAAAAGCAGAGGUUGUAUGGUCAAAAGAAAGCCUAAGAGCCAUUCUGGACUAAGCCUUAAGAAAGUUCCAUUCUUUGAGGUCAAGCGUCAACACUCCCCCAGAUGCAGUAAAUGAAGCCAAAAUGGUCAGCGACAUGGUUAUGGUCACAUGCUGAGUUAGUGGCAAAGACACUAAACUAAAAGCCCUGGAAUUUAAGCUUUUCUGCUUCCUCGUGCAACAUGCCCACGUCUCUCCCUGAGGUGCCAGGGUUACCUGUGAUCCUUUCCAGGGCAUUUGAUUAGCCAUUCGACCGGAUGCCAGAGGGGGUGGAAGCAUGGAUUUUAAUCAAGGACUAGCUCAUUCUCGGACUACCCAGGACAAACGAAACUGUCUAUCCCGGGGAAUCCAGGAAAAGGACACCAAGACUCGGCAUUGGGAGAAGUGGGGAGAGUCUCUACUUGACACCGCAAGUCAGGAAGGAGGGCGUUGAGCAAAAUGCUUUCAUGAGAGGACGUCUUAGCUCUACAUUAAACCAGCAGUCAGUGUUUCCCAGAAUGUGGAUCUGGAGGAGCGAGGCCUAGGAAUGUUCGUUUUUAGCAAGAUCGCCCAGAUAAUACCUAAAUGCGAUGAAGUUUAAGAUUUUCCAAUCUAUGCUAAUCCUGGGUCCUGAGAAAACAUUACAUGGUAAUAGAUCUAAAUAAAGAGUCACAGGGAUGCCUCGGUGGCUCGGUUGGUUAAGUGUCUGCCUUCAGCUCAGGUCCUGAUCCCGGGGUCCUGGGAUCGAGUCCCACAUCACGCAGGGAGCCUGCCUCUCCCUCUCCCUCUGCCUGCUGCUCCCACUGCUUUGGUCUCUGUCUCUCUCUCUCUCUCUCUUUCUCUGUCAAAUAAAUAAAAUAUUUAAAAAUAAAAAAAAGGCCACAAUAACAGAAAGGACCUAACACUUUGCUAUUAAAUGGCACCAUUAAAAAAAAAGAGAGAGAGAGAAACCAUCGCGUCAAAAAAGGACACGGGGACAGCUCACAGCUGCCUACACGGUACAUGCCGGGCAGUACUACAUAGUGUUUCACAUGUUUGUUCCUUCUGUUGAACCCCCACAACAACCCAUUUUAAAGAUGAAGAAUUUGGUUGGGCGACUUGUCCAAAAUCCCAAAGCUAAUGAAAAUGGCUGGGGUGUCUCUCUGCUGGGCCGGGUGUUCUGCAGUCCUGUGGUCCUCACACGGAGUGCUGCAGAAAACAUGCGGAGAACCUUUUGAUUAUAGAAAGUCACGUCACCGAAGAUUUUCAUGUAUUUCUGCACAACUGAUCAGACUGUGUGGCCUGCCACUUGACUGGUGUAAUUAACGAAGUUGAAGAAACAAAUGACAUCAUUCAUUACGACGUUUGCCCGCCCGAGCAAUGGUGAGCAUGUGUAGAUAAAUUAGAAAGUAACUAUAAAAGCAUCAAAAUUAAAUGUACUAGUCUAAAAUGUCAUGGUAACCAGAUGAAGCAACAUGAAAAGAGACGGUGGGGGGACGCCUGGGAGGCUCAGUUGGUUGGGUGUCUGCCUUCGGCUCAGGUCAUGACCUCAAGGUCCCGGGAUCAAGCCCCACGUUGGGCUCCCCGUUCAGCGGGGAGUCUGCUUCUCCCUCUGCCUCCUGCUCCCCACGCUUGUGCUCUCUUUCUUUCUCUCUCUCAAUUAAAUUAAUAAAAUCGUAAAAACAAAAGGGAUGAGAAGCCACAUAUUUCACAAUCUCCCCCUCCAAAUGCCUGUAUAAUUUCACCGAAUAAAAGAGCAGGUGCAGGGAUUUACAAUAAUUAAAGAUUCAGAAAAACUAAUUGACUAUUUUGUUUUUAAGAUUUUAUUUAUUUAUUCAUGAGAGACAACACAGAGAGAGAGAGAGAGGCAGACACAGGCAGAGGGAGAAGCAGGCUCCCUGCGGGUAGCCAGGUGUGGGACUCGAUCCCGGGACCCCGGUGUCACGACCUGAGCUGAAGGCAGGCGCUCAACCGCUGAGCCACCCAGCACCCCCUAUAUGACUUUUUAAAAUAAAGAUAUAUGUGGCAAACAGUGGGUUUCCCCGUUGAAAAAAUAGGUGCACAGAAAAUAGUGAUCUGUUACCAUCUGCUUAAUAGCGAAUCAGCACCUUCACCUCAAAUGAAAAGCUACAAUUAUUUGCACGAUAAUUGACAGACCUAGCCAAAACGUUCCCAAGAGACGUCCUGUGGGCUGUGCAAUCACUCCCAAAAUUAAGCUUUCUCUGAGGGUGGCACAUUGUCACCUCAUUGGUUUAAUAGGCUAUUAAAUGUGCCUUAGCCACCCAUUCUCCCAGUAGACAAUAAUUAUUUUAAACUGCCAAUCCACGUGUUGAACGGCAGGGAAAUGGACCCACGUAUUCCAAUAAACGUAUCAGCCACAUAACUGCUUCAUCACAAGAUCAUGGACGCACCCGAGGGAAGGCUAAGCGAGCUGUGAGCGUGAAACAAAAACAAACUGGCUGCUGGUGAAUCUGCAUUUCCUACGUACGGGCAAACUGCUGGCUUAACGGCGCCUCAGAAUCUGCUAUCCCGAAAGAGUUCUAAGCACCCCCUCAAGUGCAAAUACUUUUCAGUUAAGUGGGUUUGUUUUAUGCAAUUCAAAAUUACUGGUGACAAGAAUCUGAAAGGACGGUUGCCAAAGAAAUCAGUAAACUGUCACCCUUUCCAGUCAUCACCAUCUCCACUCCAUUUUCUUUUUUUUUUUUUUAAGAUUGUAUUUA